AUGGAUCGUAGGAAGUGGUUGAUGCUAUUUUUUAUCGCGAAUAUAGUGUUCAUUGUUGGAGCAUGGAAAUCAAGUACAGAAGAUUCGAAUCUUCCGCGAGAAGCAAGAAGAGGUGUCCACUACCACUCCAAACGGCAUAUGCUUCCUAAGGAAGUAGAUCGAAAAAGAAGAAUUAGCACAUCAAAACCUGGACGAGAGCUCAGGAAAAAGCCUGCAGGUCAUUUGAAACCCUUAGAAGACGAUGACAUGGAAAACGAUGAAGUUGUAUCAGUAGCCAUUGGUCCACCACCCAUGAGGCCAAAAUUCGAAAAGCCUCAUAAACGUCCUCCACCAGUAAAACCAAAGCCUAAAAUCAACAAUACUACCGCCAUAAACUUUGCAAAAGACAUUUUACAACAAUUAGGUACUGAGUUCAUAUUUCACCAAGUUAAUGAAGAUUUCGUGUUUGGCCAAUUUAUUGGGAAUUCGAUUAGAAAUUUGACGAGUGAGUUGAAGAUUAAAAUGCAACAUGACAUACUGGAGUUGAUAAUGAAAUAUCAGAGGUUGAAUCGUGGCGAUGUUCCAGUGAAGCCUGAAGAAAAAUACACUACACACGGUUUGAAAGAUAUCAAAGUGGAAAAGAAAAGUAAUGAUACAGAAGAAUCUUGGCCAGAUUUUACUAAUUUGGCCAAAAUUGUUGGUUGA